AUGGGCUACUACAAAUACUUGGACAACAGUUCCAGUGUCAUCACUCCACUAUUAGAGAGAUAUUACCUGUCACCUCUGUAUGCUAUGGAAUUUACCAUUGGCUUCAUCGGAAACCUAGUGGUGAUCCUAGGCUAUAUCUUUUGCCUCCCUGCUUGGAAGUCCACAAACGUGUACCUAUUUAACCUGUCUGUGUCUGACCUCAUCUUCCUGUGCACUUUACCUGAGCUGUCCUACAACUACGCUUACAAUUGGAAGAAAUUAAAUUCUGUACUAUGUGUGGUUAAUCGCUACAUUCUCCAUGUGAACAUGUACUCCAGCAUCCUUUUCAUGAUGUGGGUAAGUGUGGACCGGUUCUUGCUGCUGUGUCAUCCACAGCGAGAACAUAUCCUGUUGACUCCCAAGGCCUCGUUGUGCAUCACCAUCCUGAAUUGGAUCUGGGUGAACGCUCAAAUCACUCCUCUCAUCAUUUUUAUUAUCCAGGACUUGGAGGAAAAUGCGUGUCGUGACUUUUCAAGACUGGGAGUGGCCAAAGUUACUCUGAUUUACAGCAUAGUGCUCACCAUAACUGGAUAUGUGCUGCCACUGCUGGCUUUGUUUAUAUCAUCACAAAGGAUGGUUUCUGUACUCAUGAAAAGAGAGGAAGUGCUUGGGACAUCCUUUCAAAGGCCAGUAAGACUUGUGAGGGCUGCGGCAAUCAUGUUUCUGGUGCUCUACACACCCAUCCAUAUAAUGAGGAAUGUGCGUAUUGCAUCUCGACUUCCUGAAUUAAAUUUGUCACUGUGUAUCAAGGACUACAUCAAUGCAGUUUACAUAGUGACACGACCAAUUGCAUUUGCUAAUAGUGCCAUCAACCCCAUUUUUUACUUCCUCAUGACAGACAAAUUUAAAGAAGCCCUGCAAGACAAGUGGAGACAGCUGAAAAGAAUGCUAAUGACUGCAUCAUAAGCAAGUCUGACUUAUCAAGCAAAGGCAGCACUUAUAACAAUUGUCUUGCUUUCAAAUCUGACUGUGGUGUACAUUUAU